AGAUGAGGUAUGCUACCAGAAGACCUUCUCUCCCCAGGGCCAUCUGUCCCCACCAUCAAGGCCAUGCUGUCUUCAGGGACCAUCUGCAGUCUGCUACUCCUGAGCGUGCUCUGGAUGGAUGUGGCCAUGACAGGCUCCAGCUUCCUAAGCCCAGAGCACCAGAAAGCCCAGCAGAGAAAGGAAUCCAAGAAGCCACCAGCCAAACUGCAGCCUCGAUCUCUGGAAGGCUGGCUCCACCCAGAGGGCAGAGGACAGGCAGAAGGGACAGAGGAGGAACUGGAGAUCAGGUUCAACGCUCCCUUUGACGUUGGUAUCAAGCUGUCAGGAGCUCAGUACCAGCAGCAUGGCCGGGCCCUGGGGAAGUUUCUUCAGGACAUCCUCUGGGAAGAGGUCAAAGAAGCACCAGCUGACAAGUAA